UCUGGCAACACAGAGCUCGCGCUCCCACAGAGCUGCACGAGCGUGUGGGAAUUUAAACAGUAACGAAAUUAACCGUCACUUUAACUUAAAAACUGGGACAUUUAAGAGUGUGAGACUGGCUCUGUUCAAGCCUAGGCUGUUGUUCUCUGAACAUGUUAAGCUGCUAGUUCACAUACAGUGAUACAACGCAGGAAAAGCACUUAAGCCAACUUUCUGAGAGUUAUUGUUAGAUGCCUCAUAAGGAGACCGAGGCCAUGGACAUCCAGCAGCACAGCGGAAAGGAUCAAACCCACAGGAACCAUCUCAUCCAGCCCGAGAGCAGAGUGGAGGCACAAGACGUCACACAGCAGCCAGAUCCUCUUUCAGCAAAGCGUCCUUGUGCCAAUGGAAUAGUUUACGGGGGAAGUAAUGACUCUUUAACGGACAUCGUAAUCACGAAUGAGGAGGCUUUACUGCUUCCUAACCAUGUGCCAGUGAUUGUGCACAAACUUGACAAAGAGACUCCCAGCCCUCUCAAUGGCCUUUCUCCUCCAGACACUGUGUCUAAUAGAUCCCCACCUGUCUGCACACCACCCACUGCCUCUACAGGUCAAAGGGCACCUGAUUCUGCACACAUACCCAAGUCCAACGGACAUAACAAACCCCAGAAAAAGCGCCCUCCCUCCACCUCCAAAAGCCAGCAGAGUUUGAAAACAAGUGCCAGUCAAAUCCAGGAAGUCGCUGGUGAUGACUGCUGCGUGCACUGUGUCCUAGCCUGUCUGUUCUGUGAGCUGCUGCCCAUGUGCUCAGCCUUGGCUCAGUGUUUGGCCUGUGGAAUGGAAUGUGACGCUCUGUGCUGUUGUGGCGAGGCUUGCGGAGGACUGGCAUGUUGCUCUGGGGACCCGUGCUCCGCUGUGCUGGACUGUGCCAUCCUGGAAGACUGCUGCCAAUCCUCCGACUGCCUGGAGAUCUGUCUAGAGUGCUGCUCUAUCUGCUUCCCUACUUAGACAGCAAAUAGCCAGUGAUGACGAUGUUAGUACACUUACAGAGAUGAUCUGGAAUGUGGCAUCACACCAGUGUGUUGCAGAAAGGUUUGUUGUUAUGGAGGUUGCAAGCCUUAUUUAUUCCGUAGGCUAGUGAGAGGACUGAGAUCAAGGUUUGACUGCUGUGUGAGAAAUGAAUCACUGAAUUUAAAUCACACACACACACACAAAGCAAAGAUGAUUAUGAUGAUGAUGAUGUCAUUACGUGAAGUACAAAGAGGUAUUAGAAUAUGUGAAGCGAGAGGCCUUACUGUAUUUAAGGAAUUAAUAUUCAUAUGCAUGGCCACUACUGGAUUGUCUUUGAUGUUCAUAGCUUCAAACUGUGCCUUUUUUACAUGUAUUGGGCAGUUCAGCUUUUUGUAGAGCACAUUUGCACUUGUACUUGCCCACAACAGGGCACAAUGCAUUCUGGAGCUGAUUCAGCAGAAUCUGUUUGGAGAAAUAUUUUUGUUUGAGAUGUAAGAUCAUGGUCAAAAGAUAAGUCGUUCCAAGGGGUUUAGGAAUUAGCCACACUCCAAAGUAGACAACAGAUCUCUCAACAAAGACCAAUUGUUCUUUGUUUUAUUAUCAGAGAUCUGAUGAUGAUUCAUAUGAACUGUUUAUUUUGUGUCAUGAUAUCUGCACUCUAAGUAAUCUCUCAGAGCACUGCAUUAGCUCGUGAUUAACUUAUGAUUUAAUGUGACUGUAUUUUUUGUAUUGCAUAAGAAGUAAAGAGGCUUUUGUUUUCAUAA